AUGCAUCUGCUGGUUACAUUCCUCUUUCCGCUGCAUCUGUUAUUGGUAUUUUUGGAGCGACCCAAUACUGCAGAAUUGUUCAAGAACAUGACUGUGAGUCUGACUUGUGUCGGCUGUAGUUUGAAAUGUGUGAUUGAGUUGUGGCACUUGCCUCAAAUAGUGGAAAUAGAAUCUGUGCUCUCCCGAUUGGAUGGACGCGUGCAAAGCACUGAGGAGAGGAUAUAUUUUGAGCAAGUGUUGCAGCGAAGCGUGCGACGCUUGAACAUUACCUUGUAUGGCAUGUAUGUGAUCAUCUAUAUAGCAUUCAGUUUAGUCCUUUCCCUGCUCAUCAUUGGCGAUCAACGAGCGCUGCUCUACGCCGCUUGGUUUCCCUUUGACUGGCACAACAGUACGAAGCUCUAUACAUUAGCCUUUUGCUACCAAACUUUGUGUCUGUACUGGGAGGGUCCUCAAGGUGUGGCCAAUGAUAUAUAUCCGCCCCUUAUACUCUGCUACGUGGCAGGCCACACACGAUUGCUAUCCAUACGACUGUCACAAAUGGGUUAUAAGGAGGAAUCUACGUAUCGCCAGGAGCUGCUCAGGUGCAUUGAGGAUCACAAGUUGCUGAUGCGGCUUUACGAAUUGAUAAAGCAAGCAACCGGAUAUGUACAGCUUGUGCAACUUUUAGUUUGUGGCGCUGAACUAUGCAUUGUUGUCUGCUACGUGAUCUUCUAUGUGUCGGACACCGUGGGACUUGUCUACUACGUUAUUUUCUUUGGAAUUAUCUGCGUGCAACUCUUUCCGAGCUGUUAUUAUGCCAGCGUUCUGGCCGACGAAUCCGAGCAUCUGCCUUAUGCCAUUUUCUCCAGCAACUGGAGCAGCCUGCCGGUGAAACGCCGACGUGAUGUGCUCAUCUUUACGCAACUCACGCUGCGCACCAUGACCGUGAAGGCCGGUGGUAUGUUCGUCCUGAAUCUGAACGCCUUCUUUGCCACCGUCAAAAUGGCCUACUCCCUGUUUGCUGUUGUGGGGCGCGUCCAUAGGCGAGACACGGGUCCCUUUAGACUGGUCUGGAUUUGUCUGCGUAUCCUCGCGCCUACCUUUUUCGGAGCAUCUAAACGGGUUGCACGCACCUACGAAGUCAUCUUGCAUGUGCUUAUCACCAUACUUUUCCCGUUGCAUCUGAUAAUGGGAUUGUGGCUGCGAAUAGAGCCAGAGGAGCUGUUCAAGAACCUAACCUUAAGUCUCACGUGUAUAGGCUGCAGUUUGAAGAACGUGUUGCUGUUGUGCAAUCUCGGGAAUAUCGUAGAGGCUGAAUCGCUGCUCUCGCAGUUGGAUAAACGCAUACUGAACGUUGAUGAGAGAAUGUAUUUUGAGCAGAUCAUGAGGCGCCGCGCUCGACGCUUGACCGGCGGCAUUUAUUUGUUGUACCUUUUCGUUUAUAUAGCUCUGGUACCUAGCAUUAUUACAACUAUUCAAGAAGGUCCUCAGGGGCUCGUCAAUGAUGUCUAUCCGCCCCUUAUACUGUGCACGGCGUCAGGCCACAUCAGAUUGUUGUGCAUACGAUUUUCGAAGUUGGGUUUUCAGGAGGUAGAGCUGGAAGAUUCGGUGCUACGACAGGAAAUGAUUGACUGCUGCGAGGAUUACAAAUUGCUCUUAAGGCUGCACGAGCUGGUACAGCAAUGUAUUGGAUAUCUUCAGCUCGUACAAAUCGGCAUUUGUGGCCUCGAACUCUGCAUCGUUGUCUGCUACACGCUCUACUUCGUGCAUGAUAUGGUCGGACUCAUCUACAAUGUGAUUUUUUUUGCCGUUAUCUGCACGCAGCUCUUUCCCAGCUGCUACUUUUCCAGCAUUCUGGCUGACGAGCUGGACCGUCUACCCUACGCCGUCUUCAGCGGCAACUGGAUGAGUCAGUCGGCAAAAUAUCGUCGAGAUGUGCUCAUCUUCACUCAGCACACACUACGCGUUAAGAGAAUCAAGGCUGGCGGGAUUCUCGAGCUUAAUCUCAGUACCUUCUUCGCCACAGUCAAGAUGGCGUAUUCCCUAUUUGCCGUUGUAGGCCAAAUCAACUUAGCACAAAAGGUGUAA